AUGCCAACGUCAAACACAUACUCGCGGCCAAUUCGGCACAUCCAGCGCGAAGAGCUCUACACCAACCUCGAAAUGCGCAUCCAAUAUCUCCACUCAUUCCUCGACUUUUCAAGUCGCGACAUUGACGCCCUCGUCAACGACUCCAAAUACAUCAAAGCCCUCAUCCCCGCCGUCGCAAACAUCGUCUACAAAAAACUACUCCAGUACGACAUCACCGCCCAGGCCUUUACCGUCAGAAGCACAUCCUACGAGGGCCCUCUAGACGAAAUUCCCGAUGAAAACAGCCCGCAGAUUCUGCAUCGCAAGAUGUUUCUGCGGGCAUACUUGAGCAAGCUAUGCUCAGACCCGAGCAAGAUGGAGUUUUGGGAGUAUCUCGACAAAGUUGGCAUGAUGCACGUAGGCCUCGGCCGCAAACAUCCCCUCAACGUCGAAUACAUCCACCUCGGCGCCUGCCUGGGUUACAUCCAAGACGUCCUCAACGAAGCCAUCCUCUCCCACCCGCGCCUGCACAUCCAGCGCAAAAUCGCCCUCGUCAAGGCCCUCAACAAGGUCAUCUGGGUGCAAAACGACCUCAUGGCCCGGUGGCACGUCAAGGACGGCGCCGAGUACGAGAAUCCCGAGGCGGAGAUUGAGGUUGAGAGCGAGGGAUACCUUCACGGGAAGAAGGUGUUCAAUGACGAGGACAUGAAGGAUGAGACGAGCGAGGCGUCUCCCGAGAGAUCGUCGUGUCCGUUUUCCGGAGUGCCGGCUUCGGGGAUACCAGUGAGGCAUGUUGACUUUAAGGAGGCGACAUAA